CGGGGACGGAAGUAGUGUUGGUUUAGUUGCUAGCUACUCGCUUAGCCUUAACAAUAGCAAGAGAAUAUUCUUUUAAUAACUGUCUCCAUAGAUUUCACACAUAUUAAAAACAUACACGGUAAUAUUGCGAAUACAAAUCCUACAAAAACCGUUACUCGACUGUUUGCGGCUCGGUGUAAAGUGAACGUAGUUUAGAAAUGACAACGUUAGCGUUAGCUAUUAGCUAGGAGCGUAUUCGUUGGACAGGACCGCUUCACUGACUGACCGCCCGUGAAUGAAUGAACAGUAUUUCUCGUUUGACAGGCUGUGAGAAGCGUUACCUAACAAAACAGUAAGUCAUGGCUACUGGGGCUGAUGUAAGGGAUAUUCUGGAGUUGACUGGAGGGGAAAAUGACGGACCCAUCAGCAAGAAAGACCUCAUCAACUCAGACAAGAAAAAAAACAAGAAGAGCACAGAAACACUGACCUUCAAGAGACCAGAGGGAAUGCACAGAGAGGUCUAUGCUCUGCUCUAUUCAGAUAAAAAAGAUGCACCCCCUUUGUUGCCUAGUGAUACUACUCAGGGCUACAGGACAGUCAAAGCCAAGCUGGGCUGUAAAAAAGUGCGUCCCUGGAAGUGGAUGCCCUUCACUAAUCCAGCUCGCAGAGACGGUGCUAUAUUCCAUCACUGGAGACGUGUGGCAGAGGAAGGCAAGGACUACCCUUUUGCCCGCUUCAACAAGACAGUGCAGGUACCUGUGUACUCUGAGCAGGAGUAUCAGAUACAUCUCCAUGAUGAUGGCUGGACUAAAGCAGAGACAGACCACCUGUUCGACCUGUGCAAGCGAUUUGACCUGCGAUUUGUCGUCGUCCAUGACCGUUACGACCACCAGCAAUACAGAAAACGUUCUGUGGAGGACCUGAAGGAACGCUAUUAUAGUAUUUGUGGUAAGCUGACCAAGGUCCGCGCAGCUUCAGGGACUGAGCCCAAGAUCUACAUAUUUGAUGCCGGCCAUGAAAGGCGCCGUAAAGAGCAACUGGACAAGCUCUUCAAUCGCACACCUGAACAAGUGGCAGAAGAGGAAUAUCUUAUUCAGGAGCUCAGGAAGAUAGAGACUAGAAAGAAGGAGCGCGAGAAGAAGGCCCAGGAUCUGCAGAAACUCAUUAAAGCAGCGGACACAACCACAGAGUUAAGACGAGCAGAAAAGAGAGUUUCGAAGAAGAAGCUUCCACAAAAAAGAGAAACAGAAAAACCGGCUGUUCCAGAAACAGCAGGAAUCAAGUUCCCUGAUUUCAAAUCGGCGGGAGUCACACUGCGCAGUCAGAGGAUGAAACUGCCAAGCUCGGUAGGCCAGAAGAAGAUCAAGGCCAUUGAGCAGAUCCUGCUAGAGCAAGGAGUCGAUCUUAACCCCAUGCCCACAGAGGAGAUUGUUCAGAUGUUCAAUGAGCUGCGUAGCGACCUGGUGCUGCUGUAUGAGCUCAAGCAGGCCCACAGCAACUGUGAAUACGAACAACAGAUGCUGCGCCAUCGCUACGAGGCCCUACUGAAGGCCGGCAGUGGAGGCGGUUUGGGUGGAACUACAGGGGGUGGACUAGCUGCUGCAACACUGGGUGGAGAACUCCAUGCCAAUAACAGCACUACAGCAUCCACCCCAGGGGGUGAUGCUCCGUCCUGGCCCAGUGCAGAUGACAUCAAGGUGGAAGCCAAGGAACAAAUCAUUGAUGUUGUAGGAGCCCCACUUACCCCCAACUCACGCAAACGGAGAGAGUCGGCAUCCAGCUCAUCUUCAGUGAAAAAGGUGAAGAAGCCUUGAUGAGGACGAAAGCACCAGCUGGUAAACAUCGGAGGAAAAGGGACUGUGUAAGUUAUUUUGGUCACCGCGGAGACGCCCACACGUCUUAUGGUUGGACAUGAGGGACACAGGGGAGCAGGACACCACAGUGCUGUCCAUUUAGGUAGAAGAACCACUGGCUACACACUUAUAUACACACCUACACACCUGGCCUUCCCAGCACCUUUGUGACAAAGGCAACAACUGAGUGACAUUUCAUUCCAUUACUGCUCGUCUCCCUGCCUCCACCAAUGCUCAGCCUUAGAUGAGGCAAGAUCAACUGUAAAUUGCCAGGCUGAGCUAAUCGGGACAUGGGAAGAAGGUGGGAAUGACUGGGUAAUUGAAAUGAAUUGGAAUGAAAGCAGCGACUCUGGGAGUGGGAGGACCUCGAACCGCAAUGCUCAUCUGACCCAUCUGAGGGUUUUUUUGUAGCCUAAUCAUGCUAAAGUGCUUACUGGAAAUGUGUUUUUGUGUUAGCCUUUAGUCGCCCCUGUAUCUCCCCCUUGAACCAGAGUGCGUCUCGUUCUCUCUCUGAUAGACUGUGGUUCCAUCUACUCUAUAUGUUGAGCUAGUGGGGCCUUUUUCUGUUGUUUGUCCUCAGGUGACCUUGAAGAUGCUUCAGUCAAUGAUUCAAUAAACCUCAUUGUUUGUUUUUUUUCUU